GUAAGACGGAGGUGAUUGUUAAAUAAUCAAUCGCGAAAUGAGAUCAUGAAGCGAUCGCAUUCAGACCCUUGUUAGCUGAGGCUGAGCUGAUCCUUUACUCCUCAGGUACCAUCCUUCAUUACUUAAGCGAGAGUAAGAAUCAAAUCCGAAAACCCGAGGAGAAACUCCGUGGAGGAAAUUGAUGCGAAUGCGAGCCUAGCCUGGACAUUCAGCUGAGGCCCCAGAGCGUUGGCCAUGGCGUCUACCCCACCGAGCUCUGUCAUUCCACUCCAUUUCCUUCACCAUUUGGGACAAACCACAUCAUCGUCUGGGGCUCUGGGCUAAAAGCGAGCAAUGCGAGGAUAGCUCACUACCUAUCUCAGCUAUAGCGCAGGGGUCUUUUCCUGAAAAGAGACAGAGCUUAGCUUCUCUGGUGCCAACAGACGUGGCUCAGUCUUCUGCUUUCGUCGUUUUCAUCGUAUUUUCGGUCCCAUCACGCGUGCGGCACAGCAAACCUUGUCUUCUUCAACAACAUCAUGAUGGGAAGUUGAUAUAUGAAUCCUAGAGAAUCCCCUGCAGAUACCUGGUUUUCACUGAGAUCUUUUCUUAUUCUCGCAAGCGUCUUCGUUUGCGGAGACGCCUUCUCUAAGCCUUCGAGGAGAGACAAUGGGCCAGGGACAUGCAAAACCGAUCCUAGCUCUGCUGAAUGGCCAUCCGAUGAUGAGUGGGCCAAGUUGAAUGAGACUACCGGUGGGCAGCUUCUUAAGGCGGUUGCCCCAGGAUCCGUUUGCCAUCCUGAACAGCCCGACUACAACCCCGACCAAUGUGCGACUGUGACUACAGGAUGGACUACAUACGAUUUCCAUCAAAAUGAUCCUAUCUCCAAUAUGUGGGAGCAGUAUAAUAAUGAUACGUGCCUUCCCGACCCGAAUACUCCAUGCAGUCCUGAUGGAUAUCCUGCCUAUGUCGUGAAUGCAACAAGCGCAGAUAUCGUCAAAUUGGGUAUCGAUUUCGCACGUACGCAUAAUAUCCGAGUUGUGAUAAAAAGCACGGGCCAUGAUUAUCAGGGCAGGUCACAAGCCCCCGGCGCUUUGUCCAUAUGGGUUCGUCACCUGCAAAGCAUAGAAGCUCAUACCGGAUUUCAGCCCCAGGGAUGCGACUUCAUGAUUGAUGGUCCGGCCGUAACGGUAGGAGGCGGUUCACAACUUAUCGACAUAUAUAGAGAAUUGGACAAGAUUAAUCAAACAGUAGUCGGCGGAAAUGGAGCAUCUGUUAGCGUCGGCGGCUAUGUAACUGGUGGUGGCCAUUCUAUUCUUGCCCCUCGGUAUGGGCUCGCUGCGGAUCAAGUCCUAGAAGUGGAAGUUGUGACACCUUCGGGAGACAUUGUUGUGGCGAAUGAAUGUCAAAAUCAGGACCUGUUCUGGGCCACGCGAGGAGGCGGCGGAUCAACUUUUGGAGUCAUGACUUCAGUCACGAUGACCACACAUCCCUCACCACAAGUGGUAGGGUUGGCCAUAGGUUUACUUGCAUCCGACCUCAACGCUCCGUACGUAUGGGACAUGGUAGCAUAUCUGCUUUCGCAAUUCCCCUAUCUCGAUUCCAAAGGAGUGUCGGGAUACAGUUACUUAACGGGCAAUUUUACCUACCCUGGUGCCCCGUUCAGCGGAGCCGGGAUGGGAGCCGCGUUCGUCAUCCAAGACACACAAAACACGGAUGAUAUGGUUUCUAUAUGGGCCCCGAUUCUAGACCACGUUAACAAGACAUGGCCGGAUGUAACACAGACUUUUAUUCCUCAGGCCUAUCCAUCUUUCUAUGCGUGGUUUGAAGAAAAUUACGAUAAGCUCAGCGCAGGAAGCGAUAUCUGGGUCGGAUCUCAUCUUUUGAGCGCUGAUGCUUUGACUAGCAAUCAAACUGCUGUGGCCGAGGCUUUCAAGAUUUUUGAUGGUACUGCUUAUCUGGUAGCUGGUGAGGGUGUCAAGAACGCGAAGCCGAGAGGUGGCAGCAAUGCCGUAAAUCCAUCAUGGAGAAACACUCUUGUCCACACUACUACCGCGGUGGUAUUCUCACCACUCAAUCACACCGCCAAGGAAGAAGCUCUUGUCCAGGUCAAUGCCAUAACAGAGCCACUAAGGCAAUUGGAUCCUGGAAUGGGAGCUUAUGUGAAUGAGAACAACCCCGGCGAACCAGACUGGCAACACAGCUUUUGGGGAGAAAAUUAUGAGCGCCUACUUCAGAUCAAGCGAACAAUAGAUCCGGACGACGUGCUUUGGUGUAAUCCCUGCGUGGGCAAUGACCGUUGGAAGGAAAACGGGUACCAACUGUGCCGCGUUGACUCCACCGAGGGGUAGAUUCCAAUUCAGGGGUAACGAAUUGAUCGAAAUAAUGCCAGUGCACAAUACCGCUAAUAAUGCAAUUCAUUCAACAAACUAGAGCUACUUUUUUUCCUCAUCAUAUACAGUUUAUUUCUCGGCCAGUUACUUAGACUUGGGCGGCAGCUUUUCUAGCACUACAUUGUCACCCGUGAUCUCAAAAUCCCACGCAGCACGGUCGUCAAUGUCUAAUACUAGCUUAUACUUCGCCGGCCAAAGCGUCAAGGCACCAUCUGCAUCACUGCGCGAAAUCGCACCGAGCUUAAGGUCAAUUGUUGCCGUUGCCGUAUCACCAGGCUUGAUGUCGUGAAUCCGGGUGAACCCUACCAGGCUCUUA